GUCCAUCAAAUCGACAGAGUGAAUUUUAUUUUCUGCGGCAUGAAUGCUUUUUGUUUUUUAUUUGUUUGAUCAAUCCUCUUUGCAUUUUAACAUCGAAAUUCACGUCGCCAUGGUGAGAGGUAAACCAAUCCGCGAGGAUUAUUUGUCGUGGUUAAAAUUGAGAAGUGAUUAUGGAGAACCUGACGCAGAAUUUGUUGAGUAAUUAUUAUGGCCUUGGCGGGGCGAGAGGAGGGCGGGGGGGAGUGGCUAGUCAUGAGGGUUUUCAGAGGGAAUUGACGGAGGAGAGGAUCGUGGAUGAUGUCGAUGGACACUUCAACGGAGAAGAUCUUUCUGGGGGUGGGGAAAACCCUGAGACCCAAAUUGAGGAUUUGAACGAAGGAAAUGGAGCUGGAGACGGACUGCUACUGCCCUGGAGAGUCUUCGCCGAGGAGGAUAACGUCAUCAAUAAUAUCAUCGAUGAUGAAGUGGAUUUGGAAGUGGAUUUGGAAGUGGAGAACUCUCGAAAGGACGUGCAGGAAGAGGGAAAAAUCGGUUUGCCUAAAUUAAUUAUUCCGGAAAAGGGGGAUGGGAGGGAUGAGAGCUCCGAGCUCGGGGUCGCCGACGAUGGCAUUCCGGAUAGUGCGUCAGACGUCUCCACGAUGUCUACGAAGAAGAAAACGAGAAAGAAGUCAAGGCUAAGCACUGCAGGAGUCAAUGACCCGCAGCCGCUCAUCCUCAUGCCACCGAUUUCCAAGAAGAAUUUGACCAUCAACAAGGAGUUUUGCGAUAUGACCGACGCAUCCAUCACCGAGUUCCCUGUCAAUUUACUCGAGGAGCUGUCGAGUAUUCGAAUGUUGUAUCUCGAUAACAACUGCCUCAAUGAACUGCCAGAGGAGCUUUUCAUGUCCCUGAGCUUCCUCCAGUGGCUGGAUGUUCGCAAUAACUGGUUGAAAACCCUCCCAGGAACAAUUAAAAAUCAUCAAUGCCUGGAGACAAUUUUACUUCAGGGGAAUCGUAUUGAGAAAUUACCUCUGGAGCUUUGUCUCAUACCAAACCUGAAGACCCUUCAAACAGCGGGCAACCCCUUGACGUCACCUCCUCCAGGGGUAAUCGCCCAGGGAUUCACCUCCAUCCUGAAUUUUUUGAUGAAAGAAUGGAAUAUGCAAUACCCGAAUGACCCAGUGCCCCCCACCCCCGAAGUGAAGUCCACAUCGACGAUUUUGUGUGACGACCCUCCAGUCAUCAACUCCUCGAGAUCUUCACGACUGCUGAGUCACUCUUCAACUUCGUCCCUGAUAAAAGCCCCGAAGGCCAUUUCCUCCCGCGAAAAAUCGCGAAACUACAGGCCCAGCAACAGGUGCAGAAGUAGUGGUGGUAAUUCAGUGCUGGAGGAGAAACUCCGGUGGAUUUCCAAAGUGAGGGACAUGCUCAUCAAACAAGCUGCUGAUAUCCAAAGAAUAAAGGAUCGAGAGACCCUGAGGGAGUGGAGACGAGAUGGCAGGAGUUUUAAUACGAGCAUGAGAAAAGCUGCCAGCAGAACUCAGGAGGGAAUUCCCUUCGACAUCGACACAUCCGACACUCCGUUCCUCACCAUAAAAAAAUUGGAGAAACCAAUGAAAGCCUCAAAUCGAAUGCUCUCUGAGGAUAUGGAUAAAAAAAUGUUCGACAUUAUGGAAUCGCUCCAGCAAACAACAAGCCGAUCCAGUAAUUCCGAUGUACAGUUGAAUCUGCUCCACUCUGAAAUAAAAAGGAUUACAACUCUCUAUGAAGAAAUCCAGGCCCUGAAGAGGCAGAAUGACACCUCCUACAAAAAAUACACCGGCCCCAUCAUCUCCAGUAAUCCCAAGCGUUACGAUCCACCUCCAUCCAUAAUCAUCUGAUGAAUUAAAUAAACAAACACUCAGUCUUGACGAUUUUUUUAAUCCGAAUGAAUCACCGAUCACAUGGUUGUCUGAUAAGGAUUAACAUUUCAUACAGAAUUCAAUGCGUAUUUUGUGGGAUCGAGACAACUGGCCAGAUCGCCUCAGAAGCGAAGAGUUUUCAGGAAAUAUCUGUGUAUCUAAAUGAAAUAGUAAAUAUUUCGUAAGAA